AUGAAUCACAUGUACUUGAAGAAUCUGUGCUUGCAGCAGUUAGAGGGUGGGGAGAGCUAUCUACAGAUAUUCAAGGAUAGUCUGAGCAAAUUUGUGUCGUUGGAGAUUCUGAAUGCGGUUAUUUGUCUUGUUAUUGGCGACGAUGAUGAGCAUGCUCUUGGAAGUCUACUGGAUGCAUUCAUACGUAUGCUGGAGACCAGUGUUAUGUUUCACGAAGAGUUUGAGAAAUCGGACUUCCACAUGAUUCUGUUCAGGAGGAUACUGAACCAUACGAAUUACACAAAGCUACGAUGCAUAUACAGUAAGGUUGAGGCGCGAAGGGCACCUACGGCGAUUGAAGAUAUUGAGUUUCUUGGGCGAAACGUGUACAACUACUGCCUUUACAAGAAGAUGUAUGGCGACUUUCAAUUUGAUCUUGAGCAGGAUGUUGCGAGCCUGGAGCCAGCAGAGGUAGGUGUGUUUCUUGAUGUUCUUAGAGAAAUAUGCAUUGAUAACAGAGAAAAUACAGGCCUGGUCGAGUAUCUAAGGCGGAUUGCAGGGUCUGUGAAUGUGGAUCUUUUGCUAGCCAUAGCCGAUCCGAAGUUCACAAUACACUCUACAAUGGUUGGGUCCGAGGAUGUAUUUGUAUUGCAUCCAUCACAAGUGAUAGAACUUGAUGAGAGGAUGCUUGUAAGAAUGGUCUUAUGUGGCGUUAAUGCAGAGCAUAGCCAAUGUAAGGUGUGUGGGAAACGCGUUUUGGGAUGCGAUGGCAAUGCAGAGGAGUAUCUUGAUGCAGCAUGUGCAGAGAGGUAUCUUGGUGUUGCGAUUGUAGAUAUUGAUGAGCUUUGCAAUGCAGUGAGCCACUGGAAAGCAUUCAGGUCGCAUAGAGUACUUACUGCAUUGCUGAGGCUCAUAUUCAAAAUACAGAGCAAUCUUGAGUAUUGCAUUCAUUUAAGAUGGUUUAUAAUUGAGGAAGGAAGUAUCGAGGAAAGCACAAUGAUUACGCUUUUGAAGCAUGUCUCGGAAACACUGAGCAUUGACGAUGUCUCGACUGUUGUAAAGAUGUUUCCAUACACAGACCGUACACCCAAGGUGGCUUUUUCGUACUUUGCUGUUCUAUUUAAUGGACUUACAAGGCACAGUGCGAAUGCGUUUCUGAAGGACGUGAUACUGAAUAUUGCAAUGCGAAGCAAAGCUGAGUUUAUGAGGAUCAGGCCGAUGAUUUUUGAAUACUACUUGAGUACUACGGUGACGAUGGCAUGCGAAGCAAUGCAAUCCGAGCAUUUGCAGGCAGAAUAUGAUACGGAAUGCUGUGGGAACACUUCAGGUAUUCAUAGUACAGACGGGCAUAGCUCAAAACAUAAGGAGCAUGUAGAGAUCAAGAAAAAUGCAAGAUUUGAGGAUUUUUUCGGGCCGCUUGCACUGUUCUUCUCUGAAGAUUGUGAAAUGUUUGUCAGGAACAACAUGUUUUACAUAUAUCCGAUGAUUUAUUCCAUACCUUUAUUCAGCAGGUAUGUUUCUGAUCCUGAUUUUUCACGGACGAAUGGCCAUCUGCUUGUGAUAUCACUGCUUCUGCAGGGCAACCAGGACAAGGUGCAAUGCAUGGGGUAUGAGGGCCGUGAAUUGAUGGAGAUGGGUGUGGAGGUGAUAGCGCCGCUUUUUUUCAGCGGAUAUUUCAAGUACAGCGUGCUGGAGAGGUUAUUUGGGGAUGUGAAUGGAUACAUCGGCAGUAACCUGCCAAGGUUCCUGUUUGCACUGAAGAGGAUCUAUGUUGAAAGGCCGUUUGAGCUCAAGGUAUGCGUGUUUAAGGUAAUGAAGCAUGUGAUUGAUGCAGUAAAUGAAAGCAUAAGUGCGGUAUCGAACUGCUUGUUUCCGUUUGUUGAGUUUUUUAUAAGGAAGCAUGAGGAUGAGUGCGGAGUUGAUUGCAAGAGUGUGUUCAUUGAGUACUACUCGUCGUUUUUUGAUGCAAAGCAGUUUAUGAAGUGCAUGCCAAGGAUAUUUCUGUACAUGGAUGUUGAGAGGAUAGUUGAAUGGAGUAGCAUUGGAAGGCGGGACGAAUACUUGGACCUGAUAUCUCGUCUGCUUGAUGCCAGGGGAUAUUUUGUGCAGGAGAUUGCAACAACAAAAGCUGUUGAGCUUCUUGAGCGGAUGUUUAUGGAACAGCAGGCUUUGGGUGCAUGCGGUGUGAAAUUAAAUACAGCAGGAAAUAAUGCAGCGGGUGUAGAUGCAGCUGAAGCUGAGCGUGAGGAAGUGUUUGCCAAGAAUAUGCUGAGGUGUUUUUUUACAGACGAAUGCUUUCGAGUGAAGAUAGGUGAUGUUUACAAGAAGCUGCGAAUAGUUGAUGGAAAAAGUGCAUCUCUGAUUGGAAGCAUAUCAAGGAGGUAUUUGCCUACGGAUCCUCUGUGUAUUGAUUCGGAAGUGCCUUGCAUUGAGUGUAGCAGUGAGUCAAUAGCAAGUGUGAUGGUGGAGAUGUUUCUGCUUGAGAUCAAUCCCAGGAAGCAGGACAUCUAUUUUUUUGUGAUACAAGAAACACUGAAGUAUGUGAGUAGGAGGUUUGAUAGGAGUGUGGAGAGCAUAAUUGAACAGUUUAGAGGCACACAGUACUUUUACGAGCAUUUGCCUGCACGCUCUACUGAGAAGAUGUACGACAGGACAUAUGCAUUCAGGCGAUUUCUUGAGAAUAUGUAUGGAUGCCUGCUGUAUAAGCUUGAUAAGCUGGGCAAGCAAGAGUAUUUUGAUCUUCUUAAGUAUGGAGGCCUGCUUGAUGAAGGGUUUCUUGAGUUUAAUUGCCUGUGUCUGUGCAAGAUGCUUCUAGAGUGCGGAGACAGCAAGGUGUUGGAGGUCACGACUGAGAUUGCCGAUGAUCUUGAUGUGGGGAUUGAUGCCAUGAUUCCGAGGUUUGUUCUUAAGCUCGACAGGUUUUCAGGAAGAAGAUACAUUGAUGAGAAGCAUCUGCUCAGGAUUGCUUUGUUUCUGAAAGACUACUACACAGCGAUCCAAGUGCUUGAGAAGAUGAUUAGGAAGGAAAAGCACAGAAGUAUGUUUGAUCUGUUGCAAUACGGUUACUAUAUGAUUGGGGAUUAUGGUAAGGUUAUGGGAAUCAGCUCGAUGUUUGCAAGGCCGAAUGCAACAAAUCUAUUUUUUGGGUUCUGCAUUGAUAGGAACUUUGAAGCAGCAAAGAGAUGUUUAGGCCUGAUUGGCAAGCAGGAGGGUGAAGAUGAAAAGAUGAGGUGGGAUGAACGAGUUGAUGCUGGCAAGCUGUUUGAAGAGGUUGUUGGCAAGAUUGAUGAUGAGAUUGCAGUGUUUGUGGCUGACUGCAAGCGGAUUGAGGGUGAAUUUUGCAGAUGGAAGGAGCUGAAUGGAAGGUGUGAGCUGUCUAGGCAUUUUAUAAAGGACUGUGAGCUUGUUUCAAAGAGCAGGGAUGUGCUGUCAACGCUGGGAGUGAUAGCGGGAAGGCGAGACCUUGCGGACAAUAACAUGAUGCUUCUAAGGUGCCAUUUGAGCUUGUCAGUUGGAGUGCGAAGUAUGCUUGAAAAAGCAGACAGUGAUCCAUAUGAUGCGCUUGUAGACAUUAUUGGUAUAUAUAGGGGAGCUGAAGACGAUGAAGAGCAUAGCCAGCGAUUGAGCAACGAUUGCAGGGGAUGCUUUGAAGACCUUGCAUCGAUUGGCAGCAGGAGCAUUAGUGAUUGCUUGAAAUUGCGGAGACGCAUAAGUAAUAGAGAUGGCGGCGCCGGAGACACAGAGUGCUAUGAGUCUUUGAAUGAUUUUGAAAGGGAUGUAAGGCUUGAGAUGAUUAGAAGGUAUAGGAUUGAAGGGGAUUCAGCAAGAUGUGCACAAGAAAUUGGAGACAUGCUGCUGAGGAAUGACUGGGCAGUUCUGUAUGAGCUUGCAGAGCUGAAGGUUGCACAGGGAAGGAUUGGAAAUGCAAAGUCAGCGCUGAAAAAGAUUUUGGAGCUGUUUCCAAUGUCCUCGAUGCAUUACAGAAGGGCGCUUGUGAGGUAUACCGAGCUGGUUGAUACAAAGGCUGCAUAUGAGCAUGCAUUGUCGAUACUGGGUGACAAUGGACGACUACUUUUGCUUGGUGCAAAGCGUUUUGAGAGCACGGAGGCGGUGAAAGCAAUGGGUCUGUACAUAAGAGGCGUUGAGUGUGACAGAGCAUUGUGCGACGAGGCGAUUCCGAGGAUUUUCCAUCUGUUUUCCGAGAUGAGCUCACCGAGUGACACCAGUACGGGUGCACGUCUUCUGAAAGGGUUUGUGCAAUCGAGUAUGGCGCUUCUUCCACCAUACUACAACCAGAUUCUUUCAAGGCUCAGCCAUCCAAAUGCCGAGGUUGUGGAUGAGAUCUGCAACGUUGUGUAUGUGCUUAUGGAGAAUUACCCGAACGAAACGUUCUGGAAGUCGUUGAUAAUGGUGAACUCGCAGGUUCUGAACACCCGAAGGAGGAUGGACGGCAUAAUGGCCAGGCUGUGCUUAAAUAACAAGGUUGUAUUUUCAAACAUCAAGAGAGUGUCUGAGAUGCUGAUUGAGAUCUCAAAGUGCAAGAAGAGCAGUAUGUCGAUGAUUGCAGACUUUCCUGCGUUUUCAGGUAUGUUUCCAGCAGGUGUAGUAGUGCCGAAUACAAAUGUGCUGAUAAACGGGGUAAGGAAUGAGGUUGAGGUGUUGAACUCGCUGCAAAGGCCCAAGAGGAUUUGCUUUGUUGGCGAGGAUGGCAGGAUGUACUAUUGGCUGUGCAAAAACCAGGAUGAUCUGAGGAAAGACAGCAGGUUUAUGGACCUGAACAACAUAAUCAACAACAUGGCGAAGAAGAAAGAGGGCGAAAUGUAUAUCAGAACAUAUGCAGUCAUUCCGUUCAAUCACGAAAGCGGAAUAAUUGAAUGGAUUGAAGGAUUGAGUUCGCUGAAGGCGAUCUGUGAGGAGUACUAUACAAGGGAGGGCGUGUCGAUUUCUGAGGUGGCGCGCAGGUUUGCAAAGAGUAAGAGAGUUGGGCAGAAAGACUGGAUGGAGACUGUGAUGAGGUUUCCGCCGAGAUUCCACAUGUGGUUUUAUGACAACUUUUCGAAUCCGUUCAACUGGCUUUUAGCCAGGAACAACUUUACUAGAACAUAUGCAAUGAUGAAUAUUGUUGGAUGGUUCAUGGGCCUUGGCGACAGGCAUGCUGAGAACAUUCUGUUUGACUCGAAGACGGGAGACACAAUCCAUGUUGACCUGAACUGUAUUUUUGGAAAGGGGAAUGAGAUUUCUGUGCCGGAAAGAGUGCCUUACAGGCUUACGCAGAACAUUGUUGAUGCAUUUGGCGUGAUGGGACUUGAAGGGCUGUAUAGUGAUGCGCUCUGUGGCACACUGGAGUUGUUUCUUCGGAACAAAAACGUGCUUGUGUCGAAUCUGCUGUCGUUUGUGUAUGAUCCUUUGUUUGAAUGGCGAAGGAAAUCGGUAGAAAUGCCAAAGAAGAUCAUUGCUGAGCUGAGCAUCAGGCUGGAGGAUUUAGAUGCAAGCAGCAAGUGUGAAACGCUUAAUGAAGAAGCGAUGAGCGAUGAAAAUCUAUGCAUGAUGUAUAUUGGAUGGCUGCCUUUUAUCUGA